AUGAGUCUCGAAGAGGAGGUAUUUAAGAUUGGUAAGCAGCUGGAAAAGAUCGUUGGCGAAGAAGGAACGGUGAGUCAGUGAUGUUUGUUGAUAUUUUACCGGCCUGUCGUACCACGCGAUUCUAAGAACCCAUUCACGAGAAAGAAGAUUUCAAUCCUGCUGUUUACUGUAAAGUGAAAUUAACGCAAAGCGUUUGCUGUUUGGAAACUUCUGAUGUAGUUAUACCGACUGAAUUUAAUGCUUGAUUAAUUUUUAAGUUUCUAAAGAUGCAGAUGUUAAAAAAACCUUGUUUCAUAUUCAAAGAGAAAAAAGAUAGCGUUUCAUGUUUGUUAAACACUGUAGUAUCUGGCUAAAGUUCAAAAUGUAAGUUUUAAAAAUUCUGAACUGAUCGCUUUAGAUUGUUUUUAUUUGUAAUGUCAAGAAUUUCUUUAGCACAUCAACAUGUUCAAUGUGUACCUGCAUCUUGACAAUGUUAAUGAGUAUUUUCUGUUUCGCUAGCUUGCUAUAACUUAAAACUUUUAAAAUCUUAUAAGAAAAGGUCUGGUUCGACGUUAGCUUUACACGAUUUAGUUUUAGAUCUACCCUCGUGUACUCAAGAUUGUAUAUAAGUAGAUGAUUGUUUAGUGAAAGAAACACAUCGUUUUGCAGGACGUUAGGGUCACAAAAGAAACCACCAGCACGUACGUGCACAUUCGAUAAUUAUGAAGGGGAUGUUUUUUGCACAGAGAGAUAUGAAAUGGAACCUCGAUAUAACCAAGGGCCAAGGGAAUUCCUUUUCAUAUAUUUUACUAUUACUGGGGCAAGGAUGUUGUUCGUUAUACCAAGGACUUUGUUAUAUAGAGGUUCGUUAUGUUGAGGUUCCACUGUACGUGUACAAUUUUUUUUCGUACAAUUAUUCAACUGGAGCUUUUCAUAAAAGUAUUUGACUUGGAAGAUUUGGAAGUAAAGUCUGCUAACACACAGUACAUGUACUCUGGAUGAAUACUGUUACUUUCCCGUUAGUCAAAGCAUCAGACUUGCAAUCCAGGAGUUCCCAGUUUAUGCAUGCUGUGGCCACUAUCUGGAUUUGUUUCUUAUUCCUUAAAUCCUCGACCAACCAGGGUCAGUCAAUCAUUUUACUCAUGUUGCUUUUGCUUGCAGUAGUUCUAGUUUUUUGUUUGCCCUCAACCCUCCCUCCUUUCUGGAUGCUUUUCUUGGUAAGUAUCUGCACCUUUUCCACUGAGGUUUUCAGUGUGACGGUGCAAGGUGGGUGCUGCUCACAGGGUUGUCACGGUUACCUUAUAGGCUCGCUUGCAGCCCCCUUCUGUUUCACAAGGCACCUUCCCCACACCCAUCUGUUGUUGGUGGGUUUAAUCCUGUUUUGUCCUGUCGAAGUAUAAAACCUGUAAACUAGCUGGUGCAACUGAGUGUAUUUUCAUUGUACUCAUAAUUAUAACAAAAUUCUCUAAUGUGAUUGGCUAGUAGUUGCUCUGAUUUUAGCAUUAAUACGACAGUGUGAUGGUGCGAGGUGGGUGCUGCUCACAGGGUUGUCAUGGUUACCUUGUAGGCUCGCUUGCAGCCCCCUUCUGUUUCACCAGGCACCUUCCCCACACCCAUCUAUUGUUGAUGGGUUUAAUCCUGUUUUGUCCUGUCGAAGUAUAAAACCUGUCAACUAGCUGGUGCAACUGAGUGUAUUUUCAUUGUACCCAUAAUUAUAACAAAAUUCUCUAAUGUGAUUGGCUAGUAGUUGCUCUGAUUUCAGCAUUAAAACGACAGUGUGAUGGUGCGAGGUGGGUGCUGCUCACAGGGUUGUCAUGGUUACCUUCUAGGCUCGCUUGCAGCCCCCUUCUGUUUCACCAGGCACCUUCCCCACACCCAUCUAUUGUUGAUGGGUUUAAUCCUAUUUUGACCUGUCGAAGUUUAAAACCUGUCAACUAGCUGGUGCAGCUGAGUGUAUUUUCAUUGUACUCAUAAUUAUAACAAAAUUCUCUAAUGUGAUUAGCUAGUACUUGCUCUGAUUUCAGCAUUAAAAUGACAGUGUAAUAAGACAGGAUACAUCAUGCCUAAGUGGAUAGUACAUGCCACUGGCGCACGCUCAAAAGGGUUUAUUUUUCACCUCCAACAUAAAAUUCCCCAAAUAUCUUGUGUUUAAAUUUUAAAAAAAGCUUAAAAUAAUUAUCAUUAGUUAUGUUUUAAUGGUAACAUAGCUUUGUGUCGUUCAAUUCAGUCUGUAAUCAUACAUGGACUCCUGAUUAAACAAAUUGGACUUCCACUAGGAUCUUAUUAAUAAAGAGACUUUCAGUUGAAUUUUUAUUAAAAUGGUCCCCCUAAUUUGUAAAUAAAUGAAAAGUCAAUGUCUACCAAAGACAGGAAAUUGUUCAUCUUUAAACAAACAAAAAACUGUCAACCGGUCAGAAGUUCUUCCAAAACAAAUAAAAUCAGGGGUUUCAAUAGUACCCGGGUAACGGGUAGAUCUACCUGCUUGCAACGGGCCGAUUACCCGCUUGGAGCCUUCACACGAACGUCAAGUAAUUAAAGACCAGAUAAUUUCAUCUCAGCUUUGAAUUCUUGCUAAACAAUUGGGCAAAAUAGGUUUUAUGUAUAGGAAAACAAAAGAAAAUGAAAAAGAAAAGACAUUCUGGCAUCUUCUAAGCCUUCUGGCCCAUGAAAGUUGAAGCAAAGUCUGCAAAACUUGUGAUAAAAAUCGCUUCCGAAGCUACGUCAAAAAAAAUGUGCAAGGCAUCGUAGCUGAAAUCGAGGGGAACUGGGACAGAAUGUGAAUACUAAUAGUGGCCAGAAGGCAAUCGCUGUUUGCAUAGUUCACGCCAGUGUGAAAAUAAAAGGAGUCAAACGAGACUGAUUCCUCCCAAGGUUAGUUGAGGAUAUUGAAAGGAAAACCUUCUGUGUUUAUAUCCUUCAAAUGUUAAUAUUAUGCUUCGUUUUUCGUUGACUUAGGAGCAAAAAAAUGAAACAACGAAGCAACAAAAAUAGACCUGAAAAUGCAUCUGCGAGAGUCUAGAACUUCAAAAUUUUACCGGGGGAGCAUGCCCCCGGACCCCCGUAGGGUCGAAGGCCCUUUGGGCCUUCGGCAAAUAUACCCCCCUGUUACUCUUAAGUACCCACUUGUGCAAAAACUUAUUGAAACCCCUGUAAAGUACAAAAUUUUUUUGACCAAGAAAACACCAAACCUGUCCAUAUUAAGAUAGAACUGUUACUGUUUCAAGAAUGAAAACAAAUUUGUGCUUUGCGCUCAAAUUUUUAACGGAAAAACAUACAGCAGCUCUGAGAAUGCCUAUCUUUUUUUUUUUAUUAGCUUCGAGAUACAGGUGCUGGUAAAAGCUAAUUUAUCAGCAAAACAAUGGAACAUCCAUUCUAAAAUAUUUUCAAACAUUUUUUAACAUUUUUUUGUACAUUUCUUCAGAUGGAUUCUGACGGUGCAGUGGAUCUUUUAAAAAGGCUCAAAGAUCUUCCAAUCACGUUAGAAGUCCUUCAGAAGACGAGAAUAGGAAUGUCUGUUAACACUCUGAGAAAAAAGAGUGAAAACUCAGAUCUGCAAACACAGGCUAAAGCACUCAUUAAAUCAUGGAAGAAACUUCUACCAGGUGAUAAAAUACACAGAGAGUGGAGCUUAGUAUGUUAGUUUUGAGUCCUUUGUACUUAAACCUAUUCCCAUCAGGGCAACUUCUUAAAAUGGUCAUAACAAGGUGUAAUUGUGGGACCAUCAUUUCGUGGAGUAAAUUAAUUUUAAGGGCAAACAAGCUUGAAGAAUUGUAUUAGUUAGUAUCAUGAAUCUAGAAUAUCUACGAACACUUACAUUUUCUAGGAAAAUUUUGUAGCUGCUAAUCAAAACUAAUACAGUCGAACUUCCAUAUGCGACCACCUCUUAGAAACAACCACCUCCCAUAAGCGACCACCCAUCCAAAAACUAAAAUUUCCCCUGUCGAAGCCCCAUAAUAAUAGAACCUUUCAUAAAUGACCACCUCUCAUAAGCAACUGUUUUUGACCUGAUGUUCCACUGUUCUUAACCUUUAACCUCUAACCAUGUGACACAAUGUGUGGUCCCUUUGUUCACUGUACAAGUACUACACUACUCAGAGUAUUCGAAGAAGUUUCAGUGACAGCAUGGAACUACAUGCAUGUGUAACUUAGAAAUUGCAUGCAACUGAUUAUCUGCCAAAACAUAGGUGUCAUAAAGUAUGUCUCCUGUGGUUCGAUUCUUGUAAGCAACCACCUCCUGUAGCUCAGUUGGGAGAGCACCGGUCUGCCAAGCGGGAGGUCAUGGGUUCAAAGCCCCGGCCGGACCAACACUCAUGGUCUUUAACCCAUUCGCUCCUGGAGAUUUUGCCGAAAAACGCGUUUUGAAGCUAGUCGAGUGGUUUUCUGGUCACUGUCGUGCUAUAAAGAGCUAAAACUUACCACAAACCGGUUUACGGGUCAUACACUUGGCGGCCUUCUGAUCCAGAUGCAAAAUAUCAGCUUGCGAAGUUUGGGCAUGCGCAGAAAGCAAAAUUUCGACAUAGUUUUUGGGUUUAAAAGUGACACAGCAGUCUUGACUUUUGCUUUUCGCUUUCUGUCCUCUCUUCUUUUUUCACUUUUCUUGCCUCAUUUUUUUUUCUCUUGCUGGGCAUUUAGUAGGCUUCAUUUUGGUGGGAAGAGUUUUUAGGAAAGCUUUUAGGAUCUUAGGAUUAGGUGAAAGGAAAGGUAGGUGGGUAAUGGAACAAGAUUUUCAUGGAGAUUUUCAGGUCCUUGUCACGUGGUUUUUUGCUUCUUUCUCCGGUGUCCUUGACUGAAUUGUGCUCAUUCUGGUAUGGUUUGAAAGAUCUCUUCACUCUGCACAAGUUAGCGAAGAAAUUUGUCCUUGACCGUUAAAACUGAUGACGUCACAAAGGGUAGAAAGGACCUGGAUCGGCACGGGCGGUUCAGGGGCGAAUGGGUUAAAUAACUGAGAAGAAAGUGCUACCUUUGUAAUGACGUCUGAAAAUGGUUAGACUUUCUAGUCUUCUCAGAUAAGGACAAAAAACGGUAGGUCCCAUCUCACAGCACUUUCACCGAUUUGUUCUUGUGAGACGUAAAAGAACCCACAUCACUAUUCGAAAAGAGUAGGGGUUGUAGACCCCGGCAGCGUGGCCAACCUUUACUGGUUGUGGAAUUGGGUAGGGAUGGCGCCUCGCAUUGGACCUGAGUCCCGUUCGUGCACAUUCCCUCUGGGCAGGCGUGUUUCCAGAAAAGCUGGUAAAUAAGUGACUAAAUCUCCACAUUUGGGUGGUUUGACUGUAAUUAUUGCCUGAGAAAGGGACCUGCUGCACUUUGUCCUGAGUUAGACCCUGAGUGUUAGUUUGGCCAGGGUUUGACCGGCAAAAUGGCACUUAUUAUCCAAUUAUUGGGUUAACCAGGUGGCAAUAAGUCUACUUUGAGUGGCUCUAACUGUUUUAAAUAAUUUUUCAGAAAAAUCCGGAGGUAAAACUGAGGAAAAUGGAGACAGAUCUAAGACACCAGUCAGUGAAAAAUCCAGUCGAAGCAGUUCACCUGCACAGAGUACCAAGUCAUCCUCCUCUGCACCCAGUACUCCUCAAGACAACAAAGCAGUCACUUUUCCACCUCCAAAGGUCACUGGUGACUCUGUACGUGGGAAGUGCAGAGAAAUGAUUGUCAAUUCUCUUAAGGUGGAAGUUGAAUUUGAUCAGGGUAGGUGAUUUUGUAUGCUAAUUUGUUCAAUGGGCCAGAUUAUUUUUUAAAUUUUAUUUAGGUACUUACAUGUAAGUUUGCCAGUUCUUGGCAGGGUCACCACAGCAGUGCAUGGUGCCAGUUACUGAAGGCUCAUAACAGUCCUUUCCCCCAUGAGAUAUAGACCACCCCACCAGGAACUACAUGUAUGUCCCCUACUCCUUACAAACAGUGCGUGGGUUCCUUAAUAUCCCACAGAAUUUAUACGUGCAAGAUUUGUGAGAACACUAGAAAUUCUCGCCAUUUACAGAUGUCUUGACGAAAGCAGCACUUUCUCCUCAGUCAUUUAAAGACCAUGAGUGUUGGUACGGCCCGGGUUUGAACAAGCAGCCUCCCAUUCGGCACACUGGCGCUUAUCCAAUUGAGCUAACUGGGUGCCAGUGGUUAUUUCAGUUACAUUGUGUUGAGUUAAACCCUUGAUUCAAGCAUUAAACUGCUAGGGAUUAAAAUAAAUCUGCUACUAAUUAAUUUUUGCAUACUGGUAACAGAGUGUGUGAUGCAAAUUUUGAUAGUUUGCUGCAUUCUUACUUGAAAAAGUGUUUUCUUGUUUUUAUUUUACAGUCAUGACUCCAGAAGACUUUGCUGCAGCAUGUGAAGAAUGUAUCCUUCUUUCUACAAACUGUUUGGGACCUACAGAAAUUUUAGUCAUUUUAACCAGAUACCAUUAACUUUUCCUCAGGCACACGCACAAAAUUUUACUGGGAUAACUGAGCCCACACUCCAAAUGAUCUGUUAUGUGAAUUACCUACCUGAUUAUGGCUGAUGGGGUGUUCACGAUUUGAUUACAAUGCAUGAUUACAAUGCAUGAAUUAAAUCUUCAAUCAAUGAUAUCAUGUUUUUAUUCAUUCUAAUGAAAAUGCUACCACGUUCGAAAUUAGAAUUAAAGACGUUGAAUCUUUUGAUAUCAUGUUUUUUAUUCAUUCUAUCAAACAAAACUUUCUCCAUACCACUGAGGUUAUGCAAAUGACCAUUAAAACUAUUUUUUUUUUUACGCGUGAAGAAUUUAUGGAACGUUUCUUCUCUGGUUAUGCUAGAUCAAGAAUAAAACUGUGACGACAAUUUUACUUGUAGUUUUGAAGUAAAAAACGCAUGCCAUUCAUAAAAUAGAGCGCAAACAAAAAUUCAACAACAACAUAUUGUCUUAUUCAACAAAAUAAAUGGAAGUUGUAUUUUACAAACGAGCUACAAAAGACGCUAGACCGAAGAUAAAGACCAAGACUGUUUCAAAUCAUUAACAAUUAGACUUGCCUGUCGCUAUUGAUUUUAUAAUUUAGAUGCUGAUAGAACAAGAGACCAAGUCUUUGUUUUGAUCUUAGGGAAACAUACAUUAUCGCGCAAAAUUGUUCGAUCGUGCCGAAUCACUGCGACGUCGAGAAAAACAGAACCCAGUAUCAUUGGUAUACUACUCCACUAUAAGCAGUCCGUUGAUAAAAAGGGAAAGUAAACUCUGCUAUUUUCCAAAAUUAUGCUCGAACACAAACAGUUCAAAAACAUGGCAUUUACAGGAUCUAACUCGUACUAAGGUGCCUCUCUAAGUCCGUUGAGAACAAUCUGGACGAGCAAACGGUCGUGUUUAUCUUUGCCGUGAAUCGAGAUAAAUACAAGAAGGAAUCUAGCCGAAUUUUAGAAUGUUUCCUUCGCCAGCAGUUUAGUUUCGUCACGAAACUCAUGGCCUGAUGCUCUUGUAAUCGUUUACAAAAAACGGCCGCCGCCAACUCGAUAGCCGCUUCAUUAUAUGUCCACAUACUUUGAGUACAAGAAAAAUCCAAGAGCCAGCAGCCUCUAAAAUAACUCAAUAGAAAGGUCCUCUGAACUAUAGCGAAGAUUCCAUCAAAGAUUCCAUCACUCAUUGUGGAGUAGCCGUCAUUAACUCUGCCAUUACAACGGCCGCUGAUAAGAGAACACAGUAAAUCCACGUAAAAACAUUCCACAGGCAAACAAUUUUAAAAUAACGCCAAAAAAUUGUUCUGUAAUCACCAUAGAACGAUUCAGUUUAUUCAGCGAUGGCUGAGCAUGCCCCCGACAUAACUUGAAAAAGUUGGGCUGUCUUUUUCAAGUUUGUUUUCAUUGGCUCGCGCAUGCGUGUUGUGUGACAUAGCCCCUUUAAAGUCAGUUUGACUCAUAGCAUGCCCCCUGCGCCCUAAUGGGUGCAUCUUCUUGGCUUUUCAUCCAUCAUCUCAGAUUUUCUUGCGGGAAUCCUGCAAGGCCGCAGUCUGUUGAGAACACUGUUAAAGUUUGUAUUUUCUACCUUGACACCUUUUAAGGUAUUUUCCAGGAGUUCAAAGACACAAAUGCCAAGUACAAACAGCGGGUCAGAAGUCGUGUUAGCAACCUUCGCGAUGCCAAGAAUCCACUUCUUAAAGUGAAAGUUCUAUCCGGCCAGAUUACUCCUGAGAAGUUUGCCACAAUGCCCACAGAGGUAGGUCAUGAAAAUAUAGCACAGUAUGAAUUAAAGGAGUUGUCCAUGAAAUUUAGGCAAAUUCAGCCACUGUGAACUUUCUGCCAAAUGAUGCGAAGCAUUCAAGUAACUGCAUAGAAGAUUUCAUGGUCAUGACUCCUAUUUUAAAGUUAGGGCAAGUAUGGUGGAAAAUACAGUGUGUUUUCUUAAAUAUCCACAGCCAGAAAGCUUUUGGUGUACAGUCUAACAUUUUCUAAGGAAAUUCAAGGCUGUGCUCUAGCAGAGCCUGGUGGCCCCUGACACCUAACUUUUGCUCUUGGGCGAAUCUUAGUUUAUUCAUACAAAUCAUAUGCUGGGCACCCUGGAUUUUCCAGGUUAAGAGCACUGGGCUCCCUUCAGUUUUCCUUAGAGCACAGUCUUGAAAUUUAAAGGACCCUCUUAGAUGUAGAAUCAGACUCUAUGUAAAAUUUAAAUGCUAUGUCAUGAAGCUAUUUCAAGGCUAUGUUAUCAGUAUAUAGAAACUAUAGGUUACAAACAGUAUGUUUUUUCUAUGCCUCUGCUCUGAUAUGUGCCAGUCAUACGGAACCUACGUAAAUUCCGUGUAGUUUUGAGAAAUAUAGACAGUAAAAUUAAAAUGGGUUGUAAUAUUGGCAAAAUAUAUUGAAUUUAAGUUUUCAGCCUACCAGUGCUUUAAAUUUUACCUCCACUGUUUGUCCAGAGACGUGAAAUCUGUUUGUCACAAAGCUAUGAUUUUGUCAUCUACGUUUCAUCGCAAAACACGGAAGCUUAAUAGGUUCCAGAACGUUAUUUGUACAGAAAGUUUUACUUCCUAGUAUCGAACAUGUGCACAGUAGAUCUGUGAACCUUUGCAUGGUUUAACUUGGCUUAGCUGGAAAAGCAGGUGCUUCAAAAAUUUAAAGUAGAACGAGCAUUUAGAUUAUGUAAUUGUAUCAUGCAGAGAUACACGGUAGGUAUGUGAGGCGUUUGCCCUCUGGGAGGCUCCUGCAGCAAAUCUAUUUUUGGGAACCAUGAAGAGUACAUUUCAGUACGCAGCCAAUAGAUUUUUAGCAGGAAGAAUAACACCUUUAUUUCCGCCAUCUGGCUUUAGUUUAUGUCACAGGUUUGUUUUUAUUGAACAAAAAUGUUGAGAAAGAGAAAACUGAUUUAUUGUGUAACUUAAAAAGUUAUUUUAUGUGAUGAGACUGUGUUUCCAUGAUGACUACUAGACAGCAAGUUUUGACAGUCGUUAGAGCUCUCGGAGAACCCUGCCUAAAGCACCUUCAAUUAACUGGGAGUGGUAGCAUUUUGGAACCACUCCUAUAAUUAUGUGCGGAAAGAUUAAUUACUCCUGUGCUCUUUGUGUAUCGUACAUGUAUCGGUAAACUCAUCAUUGAUCUGCCUCCAGCUGAAAUACCCUUGGAGAAAAGAGCGGUAGCAGGAAAUUUGCACUAAUCUUCAAUUAGUCGACCAAAGACUUUGUUUUGCUUUGAAUUUGAAAAAGCAAAAAAGUGCUAAUACACUCCAAAGUUAUUCUUUUUUUAUAAUAUUACUUUUUAAGCAUGCACAACACUCAUAAGAAAUGAGAUAAUAGCCGAAGGUAAAAUGUCUUGCUUUUAAAACAAUUUCUUCUUGUUAAUACAUUUAUACGUUUAUGCAUACUGUAAGGGUUUAGGGAUAAAUAGAAUGUGAAGCUUCAAUCACCUCAGAAGUUUUAGCCUGCUGAACAGGCGUUAGUUUUUGCGUUUUUCAGGCGAGCCAAGGCAAGCGCGAAACGAGCAAGAAGCGCGAUACACGCGCGACGAGGGAAGGCCCUCUCUACGUCCGCUUCAUAGUUCGUCUCCCGAAAAACGCGAAAAACAGCACCUGUUCUGCAGGCUACUGAAGUGUCUGUGUUUUGCUGCUGGUGUCUUUUUUCUUGUCUUCAUUUUUCCCUUUUUGUGCAAGGGAAUGUGUGAAGACAUUUCUUAAACGUGUAACAGACACUGAGGCUGGUUCUUUUUUAUGUCAGGAAAUGGCAAGUGACGAGAUGAAACAGUUACGGCAGGAAAUUGCAAAGGAAGGUAUUCGUGAAGCUCAGGUGGCAAAGAAUCAAGGCACUGAGACAAACCUGUUCAAAUGUGGGAAAUGUGGCAAGCGGAAAACUACUUAUACCCAGCUACAGACACGCAGCGCAGAUGAACCUAUGACCACCUUCGUGCUUUGCUUAGAUUGUGGAAAUCGGUGGAAGGUAUGUUCAUUUAAUAACAUUUACCAAUAG